AUGAGGAUCGAGCGGGAACGAGUCAGGACGUUCUUUAGUUGUAUUGAACGAUUUUGCUAUUCGAAUGCGCUAGACGACGAUAACUCUGUUGACCAAAAAAUUUUUGAAGCAUUCGUUACACCACGAUUCAAGAUGGAAGCACAAGAAGGAGAAAAAAUUGACGUUCCUCGGAAGCGUAAGGCCCAGGGGGAACCCGGGGACAGUGAAACAUCACAACCAGCUAAAAAGAGGACACCCCGAGAGCGCCAACUGCCAAUACGCAUACCCAGGAAAUCAGUUGAGAGGAAAAAAAUAAUAGACUUAGAUGAAGUACUCCCUACGAAACUACAUGUUGAAGCAAAAGCGCCAUCUGAAGAAAAAACACCAGUUGAGACGAAAGAAGCAAUUGAAAAAAAUGAAAAAGCUGAGAAGAAACCAAGGGAGUUCAGGAGGCUAACAAAACCCAAAGAAUAA